UUUGAAUGACAGUCGCGGCGACUGUGGUUGCGCCGCGUUUAUCUUCAAAAAUUUAAUUCAAUAAAUUAUUACAUCGGAACCUAAAGCGAAUAUAUAGUAUAUGAGAAAACAUACGUGGUGGCACAAACACAUUCACCUGCACAUAAGGAAAUCAGUUAAAAACAACUUAAACAUUUAACGCCGACUUCAAUUCAACAGGAGAUUUGAUUCGAUUUGAUACUUACACGCACACAACGAACACACAUGGAGAAGACAGCGACACCGACAUCAAGAACAAUGGGCGGCUCAGCCGUACAGGUAAUCAAUGCAUCUGAGGAGCAUACAUUUGUGCUCAACGAAGAUGCCCUAAGUGAGGUACUGAUGCGGGACGAGGUGAAGGAUCGAUAUGUCUGCGUUGUCUCCGUAGCGGGUGCGUUUCGCAAAGGGAAGAGCUUUCUGCUCGACUUCUUUCUACGUUACAUGUACUCGAAGUAUGUGCGGCAUGAUGUAGCGGACUGGCUUGGCGAUGAAUCGGAGCCACUCUCUGGGUUUUCAUGGCGCGGUGGCUCCGAGCGUGAUACUACGGGCAUUUUAAUGUGGUCUGACAUAUUCCUGCACGAUUAUCCCAAUGGUGACAAGAUCGCUAUCAUACUGCUGGAUACACAGGGUGCCUUUGAUAGCCAGAGCACGGUUCGCGAUUGUGCCACGGUAUUUGCACUGAGCACGAUGCUGUCCUCGGUGCAAAUCUACAAUCUGUCACAGAACAUACAAGAGGAUGAUCUGCAGCAUCUGCAACUUUUUACUGAAUACGGCCGCCUGGCGCUCGCCGACACUGGCAAGAAGCCAUUCCAGCGACUGCAGUUUCUGGUGCGCGAUUGGAGUUUUCCAUACGAAGCGGAGUAUGGCGCUUUCGGAGGCGAUAAGAUACUCAAACGUCGAUUAGAGGUGUCGGACAAACAGCAUCCAGAAUUGCAAUCACUGCGUCGUCACAUUUCAUCGUGCUUCACGGAAGUGGCGUGCUUCUUGAUGCCACAUCCAGGUCUCAAUGUUGCCACAAACCCACAGUUUGAUGGACAGCUAAGAGAUAUUACGCCCGAAUUUAAGAACAGCCUACGCACAUUGGUACCCAUGUUAUUGGCGCCGGACAAUUUGGUCUACAAAGAGAUCAGUGGGCAAAGAGUGGGAGCGCGUGAUCUCAUUCAGUACUUCCAGUCGUAUAUGAACAUAUACAAAGGUAAUGAAUUGCCGGAGCCAAAGAGCAUGCUGGUAGCCACUGCCGAGGCCAAUCAUUUAACUGCAGUUGCAGCCGCCAAAGAGUUGUACAAUCAACUCAUGGAGGAAGUCUGCGGCGGCACUCGACCGUACUUAAGUACCGCACAUCUGGAGACGGAGCAUUUGCGCGUUAAGGACAAGGCACUGUUUCAAUUUGCUGCGAAACGCAAAAUGGGUGGUGAAGAAUUCACGGAGAAAUUCCGUCAGCAACUGGACACUGAUCUUGAGGAGGUCUUCGUCAACUAUCGAGCCCACAAUGAAAGUAAAAAUAUUUUCAAGGCAGCGCGCACCCCGGCCGUCUACUUUGCGUGUGCUGUCAUCAUGUAUAUAAUCAGUGGCAUAUUCGGACUGGUGGGACUUUACACGUUUGCCAAUUUCUGCAACCUGGUCAUGGGUGUAGCCCUGUUAACCCUUGCUCUCUGGGCUUACAUUAGGUACAGCGGAGAGCUCAGCGACUUUGGAGGCAAACUGGAUGAGUUCGCAACACUAAUGUGGGAAAAUUUCAUGAGACCUAUCUAUCAGGGUUGUAUGGAAAAGGGAAUACAGCAUGUGGCCACGCAUGCGGCGGAGGCUGCUGUUGGUGGCGGCAGCACUACACGCUCUUCGGCGCUAAAUGGAAAGACGAAGCGUUCAUGAGAAUACGCCAAAUUAGCACAAUCUAAAACGCAGCCGUCUCCCGCUACAAAACAGCAACAACAAACACCUAAUAAUAACAAUAAUAACAAUGUCUCUUAUAAAUUAAACAAGUACACUAUAAACAACAAUAGCAACAGUACGAAUAGCAGCAACAUUAGCAGAGUCGAAGAGGUAUUCAACAAUAUUUGGGGCAAAUUGACCAGGUCCAAAAACGAAACUAUAGCCAACUGUUCGGUCUCAAACUCGUUAAACUUAGAACCCAGCUCUUCAUGCGCGACCAUUACAAAUAGUCGUAAAAAGCGAAAAUCAAAGCGGAAUUAAUUAUGAGUAAUUAAAUAAUUCGGUAAACCUUUUUCAUUUUUUCAUAGUGAUUGUAUAAAUUUUAAUUCGAAAAUCGCUCCGAGAGGAUUAUUGUUGUUUAUAUUACCCCGAUGCACUAGUUUAGCUUGUGGCUGAAUAUAUAAAAUCAAUCUAUAUACAUAUUUAAUAAUUAUCAUAUAAACAAUAAUAUUCAUACUUAUUUGGUAAGUGGCUUGUAUUUGUUGAAAAUCCGAUUUUAAUUUUUUUAAUCUAUGCGUAUGUACCUAAUGUAAGAAGUUAACUUGAAACUUGAAAUGUAACGCUGUAAUAUAAUGAAACUGCUUGCAAA